GUAUACAUAUAGCAUCAUACAUUAUUUGUAAUUACUGUUUUUUUUCUUAUAUUUGUCUUGUUUUAUUUCUCUCCUCUUUUGACGAUUCUACACUAAGCCUCCUUUUUCCUUCGGGGAAUGCUCCAGAACUUUAUAUGAGUGACACAAUUAUGUGUAUUCCCACAUUUAUAUUCAUUUGUUUAGUCAACACCAUAUUUUUUCUAUUUUAUUUGUUUAUUGUAUUUAUGAAUUGUGUCCCCUUUUUUGA